GCUGAUUCAGAGACUCUUGUGACACCUGCACACUGUUUGUUGGUCUUUAGGCAGCUGACAAGAUGAGUUCUACCAAACCUUCACAAAAUCCUGAGAAAUUCACCAUCGCUCUGCUUUGGAAGAACCCCGCGUUUAACAACAAGAUGAAACAUCUCAUCCUCAGUAAUGAUAAUGGUUCUGUCAAAACAUUAAAUGACUUUGUUGUUUUAAAGAGUCGCUCAUUCAGAAUCAUCAGUACUCGUGAUUUCUGUGAUGAGGACUGUCCAUAUCCAGACCAGCAGGUGAUUGACUUACUAGCACAUUGUUAUUCUGGCCUUCAUCUGUUCAUACUGGCAAUAGAUUCAGAAAAUGUUCAGGUGGAAAAAAUUGGUUCUCAAAUUAGGAAAUUUCAAGAUAUCUUUGGACAAACUAUCACAGAACACUUAGUUGUCAUGUUUGAUAAGUAUAUGAGCAACACGUCACUCGAUCAGCUGAAGGAAACGUUCAAUAUCGAGCUGGGAACCCUCAGUGAACAUCUGGUCCACGACUGUAUGAAGUGGUGCAAAACCCGUCCGGUAUUCCAGUAUCACUACAGAGACUACAGUGAAGAAGUCGUGAAAAGAAGGAAAAACGAUUUGAAAUGGACAAGUGGACAGUGGAGAGGGAGACAGGAAACGUGGGGAGAAGAGUCGAGGGAGGACAUGCAGCAAAUGAACCACUGGCCGGACUCAAACUGUGGCCGCUGCGUCAGGGACUUUCAGCCCCUGUAUGGGGGUGGACCACGCAACCCACCGAGCCACGGGAUGCUCUCUUUCAGAGACGCAGACCCUCCUCCGUGUAACCAUGAGAGAUCAGGUCCCCACGCUGCUUCAUCACGUCCAGCAAACUUGCAAAGUACCAGCAAUUAUCCCUUUGCUAAUUAAGAAAUUCAGAGGUAAAGUAAAGUAAUAUAUCUAAGAGUUUCAUGAUUCCUUUCAAAGCUGAUCCCACCCACAGAAACUGUUGGUAACUGUUGAUGAAAUAACUGGAAAUUUAUACCAACUGGUUCUUUCAGGUGAGAGCAAUGGUUUAAGGUCAGGAGAUACAUUCAACAUUGUUCUGCUGGGACUGACUGGGACUGGAAAGAGUGCAUCUGGAAACACCAUCCUGACUGCUAUGAACCCCCAUCUGAAACCAAAGCAGCUUUUUGAAUCCCGGCCGAGCUCCAUACCAAUCACCACCAAGUGUCAGUUCAAAACGAUACGUAGUCUUUACAGCAGGCGGGUUGGAGUGGUCGACACCCCAGAUUUCUUGAAUGAUGAAAUAAACGAUCAGGCACAAGUAGAGGAAUGUAAGAAGUUCUGUCAGCCAGGGCACUAUGUGGUGUUACUGGUGAUACAGAUGGGCCGGUUUACAGAAGGUGAGAAGGGAAUGUUAGAGAGGCUGGAGAUGAAGCUUGACUGCAGAAUCAGGGAGAACACAAUCGUCCUGCUGACACAUGGAGAGAAUGCAAAAGGCAAUGUUCAGAGUUUCAUUGAUGAACGCUCUCACCUCAGGCACAUUGUGAAUGAAUGUGGAAAUCGCUGCCAUGUAUUCAAAAACACCUCCAAGGAACCAAAACAAGUCAUGGAGCUCUUCAAAAAAAUUCCAGAUUAUGAAACAAUCUUCCCAGAGUUCACAGAAAAACAAUCACUCAUAGGCUGCCGUGUGGGUUAACUUGAUUCAGACUGAACAUCCAAAUAACAAACUGCUUCCAGCCUCCGUGUACCAGUCUGUGCAAUGUUUGAAGUACAAGUGUGAUCUGUUGAUGCUGUGUGAACCUGCAGUUAAGGUGUCGUAUGUGUCAAGAUCUGCCUGUAUGUGCUGUACAUAUUUGUAUAUUUUAUGUUUAUACAUAAUUGUAUUGGAUGUUAGUUUUAUCACUGUGUGUUCUGAGAAAAGUCCAAAACACAGCUGGGCAGCAGUCCUGCUGUGUUAUGUCAAAUGGUUUUGUUAGUUUACUGUAGAAAUUUAGAAAAAUGAUAAAUUUGCUGUUUAAUUUCUGCUUUUUCUGUGAUUGAUGUCUCAAUCAAAACUAGAUUAAUCAUUGAGCUGAUAAAGGGAAUGCAGUGAAUAAUAAAACUAAACUUAAUGCAUCACUCUGUGAAGUAUUGAUCAACUGUGAUAAUUCAUCAUUCCAUUACUUUUUAUAACUUCAAUAAAUAUGAAACCCUAUUUCACUUUUUACAUAAUUUCUAUAAAGCAGUGGUUUUAAAUAUA